AAUAGCAACACACCGAGAACUAUUACUACUACAACCCCCCCACCCCCCACUGGAUGCCCCAAAGGCACAAGACAGAAUGAGCUAUUACGGCAGCAGUUAUCAGACUGUGAAUGUGGACCCCAAAUACCCAGGCUACCCACCAGAGCACGUUAUAGCUGAGAAGAGAAGGACGAGAAGACGUCUGCUCCACAAAGAUGGCAGCUGUAAUGUGUAUUUUAAGCAUAUUUUUGGAGAAUGGGGGAGUUAUGUGGUCGACAUUUUUACCACUCUUGUGGACACCAAGUGGCGCCAUAUGUUCGUGAUAUUUUCUUUAUCUUACAUUCUCUCUUGGUUGGUUUUUGGUUCCAUCUUUUGGCUAAUAGCCUUUCAUCAUGGAGACCUGUUAAAUGAUCCGAACAUCACACCUUGUGUGGACAACGUCCAUUCUUUCACGGGGGCUUUCUUAUUCUCCCUUGAGACCCAGACCACCAUAGGGUACGGCUACCGCUGUGUCACUGAAGAAUGCUCUGUGGCAGUGCUCGUGGUAAUCCUUCAGUCUAUCCUAAGUUGCAUCAUAAAUACCUUCAUCAUUGGAGCUGCCUUGGCCAAAAUGGCAACGGCUCGAAAGAGAGCCCAGACCAUCCGUUUUAGCUAUUUUGCACUCAUAGGCAUGAGAGAUGGGAAGCUUUGUCUCAUGUGGCGCAUUGGUGAUUUCCGACCAAACCAUGUGGUAGAAGGAACAGUGAGAGCCCAACUUCUCCGCUACACAGAAGACAAUGAAGGGAGGAUGACAAUGGCUUUUAAAGACCUCAAAUUAGUCAAUGACCAGAUCAUCCUCGUCACACCUGUAACUAUUGUUCAUGAAAUUGAUCAAGAGAGCCCUCUGUAUGCCCUUGACCGGAAAGCAGUGGCCAAAGAUAACUUUGAGAUUUUGGUGACAUUUAUCUAUACUGGUGACUCCACUGGGACAUCCCAUCAAUCUAGAAGCUCCUAUGUUCCCAGAGAAAUUCUCUGGGGCCACAGGUUUAAUGAUGUCUUGGAAGUCAAAAGAAAGUACUAUAAAGUGAACUGCUUACAGUUUGAGGGAAGUGUUGAAGUAUAUGCCCCGUUUUGCAGUGCCAAACAAUUGGACUGGAAAGACCAGCAGCUCCACAACGUGGAAAAAGUCCCGCCAAUUCGAGGAUCCUGCACGUCAGAUGCCAAGGUCAGACGAAGGUCAUUCAGUGCAGUUGCCAUUGUUAGCAGCUGUGAAAACCCCGAACAUACCACCACUUCUGCCACGGAUGAGUGUAAGGAAGCACCUUAUCAGAAAGCUGUGCUGACUUUAAAUAGAAUUUCUGUAGAAUCCCAAAUGUAGUCCUAAAUUAGAGUUAAGAAGGCUACCACUCAAUCAUUUUACCCCCCAGCCAAUGAAUGUAAGGCAAGUAGUUGUAAACAUUGCUUCUUAAAAAUGUUUCAGCUGUGUUUUAUGGAGAUGGUGGGUAAGCAGAGUAGGUUAAACUUGGUAAAAAAUAAUAUAAAAAUUUCAUAGUUUUCAAUUCUUAAAAUUUUUUUGCUAGCCAAUUUUGUAUUAGGAAUGCUAUUAAGAAACCUAAUUGAUUAAAUUUCAUCUUUUAUUAUCUCAUAUACUUGUAUGUUAAAUUGGAGGAGCAAUAUUCAAUAAUGAGGAACAAAGGUGGGAUGCUGGAAUAAAUAAAAAAAGGAAGACAGAUAAGCCAGUAUGAAUAAUACAUUUUUAAGUAUAUCAAAAUUGGUAAAUAUAAUGAAUGAUUUCCUAUAAAAAGCAUCAUGUCAUCUAACUAAGAUAUGCAAAAUAUGCAUUGAGUAGAUAGUCGUGUUGAGCUAUGUAACUGGGAAAUCAACUGGUCGGUUUGAGUCACCAUGUCUCAUAGUGUCUUGAUAGCAGCAGUCAGGGGUAGUAGCUGUAAGAAAUUGACAAUGUCACAUGGACCAGGUAAUUUUUUUCUGUAACCCAUGAAGCAGAAGAAAAGUUGACAUGAUCAUUUAGAAGAGUAUUUAUGUCUUAAAUGCCACGGUUGCCACCAACAAAUGGAAGGCAGAAGUAAGGCAACUGUGACCCUUCUAGGCUCUUUGACAAAGAGACUUGUCUAUGCCCACUUCUCACCUUUUUCAAAGACAUGAUAAAGGGACAGGAUUGCAGAGAUGGGAUGAGGAACUGGAUAAACACUCUCAGACCCUUCGAGAGAAAACCUGUUUGCCUGUGUCCUGAAAGACUGCAACAUUGGCUGCUACAUGAGAGCUUGAACCCUUUCUAGGGGGCUGAGAUGGGGAGGGAGGUAUUUAUUUGUACCCAGAAGCAGUUAUGUAUGUUUCUUGUCUCGAUCACCUUACAAGACAUAAAUGAAGCUAGCUGUGAAUUUUAAGAAUCUUUCAUUCAACUUGGAACAAUCCUUUAAGUGAAUGAUUUGGGGAAACACAAUACAAUUAAGGUGAUUUGAAUAUGCAUUAAGUAGAUAAUUUGAGUGCUAUGGAAUUGCGUAAAUUUUAGGACACGGGAUAAAUUUGUAUCCUCUAUUUCCAUGUUAAACAAUGUUAAUCACGAUUACUUUAAGCACAAAUCCAAUCACCUAUGAGUGAGGAAUCACUUUAAGCUUUAUAAAUUGAAGAGUUAUUACCUA